AUGACCCGGAGCGUCUCGACGAAACAUGUCCUACACUCAGAAAUCCUCUCAGUCACCUCGACCAUGCGCAAGAACUCGCGAUGGGCAUCCACGGCCCAUUUCAUGAGUUCCAGAGACUCGGCAUUGGGCACCAAUCUCGGGCUCCGAAUAUCAAGUCCCUCGCAUCCCGUACAGCCGACAAGGACCACGAGCAGGGAGGGGGACUUGAUGGCAGGGUUUCAGGAGUUGAAACGGACCAUCAGCGAGGUCGAAAGUAUCGACACCAUACCUCUCCCAACACUCCUGGCGCCAUUCUUCGCCAUCAUACGCUCGCCACUAUCUACUGGCCCCAUAACCUCCUCUGCACUGCACUCCCUCCACCAUUUCUUUGUAUGUGGGCUCAUCUCCCCCGAUGCCGUGUCGUUGGACACGGCUCUCGUCGAGCUCAGCAGCGCCGUCUCGCACUGCAAGUUCGAAGCAAGCGACUCGUCUGGAGACGAAGUCGUUCUGCUUCGAAUCAUGACUGUCAUCCACGAUUGCUUGUGCGGAUCAGUUGGGCAGCUGCUUGGCGACGUUGAGGUCUGCGAAAUGCUGGAAACGGUGCUCACGACUUGUUGUCAAAUGCGUCUCAGUGAAAUCCUGCGGCGAUGUGCCGAGAAUACGAUGCACGGACUGGUCAAGGCGGUGUUCUCGCGCUUAACCACAUUGGAUCCGAUAGCAGAAGAGGAAAAGCUGCGUGAAAGCGAAGAGGAGGCUGGAGAAGGCGAAAUCCGUAUGAACGUAUCCACGAAGGACGCGUUAACUGAUGAAUUACCAGAAGCCGAGUCCGCCCCUGACGCCGACACAGAUGUACCACCCUCAGUGGAAAAAGAAAGGGCCGCAACACCGCAGCCAGAGCCAGAACCAGAGCCAUUGCGCACUCCUACCUCGUCUCCCAGACCUGCAUAUGGCCUCCCUUCGAUCCUGGAACUCCUCCGCGUGCUUAUCAACGUCCUCGACCCACAUGAUCAGCAGCACACCGACUCCACGCGCCUCGUCGCCCUCGGCGCCCUCAACAUCGCCUUCGAAGAAUCUGGUUCCGCCCUCAUCCUCUUCCCAUCCCUGGAGGCCCUCGUCGUUGACUCCGGGUGCAAGUAUAUGUUCCAGCUCGCGCGCUCUGACAACCCACAUGUAUUGCAGGCGGCGUUGAGAACGGUCGCGACUGUGUUCGAGACGAUGCGCCCACGGCUGAAGCUGCAGCUGGAGUUGUUUUUGGCGUUUACGAUUGACAGGCUGGCUCCCGCGCCAGCGACGAAUAAAGCUCAAACAGCACUUUCGAUAUCGAAGAAGUCAGGAAUACCGAACUCGCCGCAUCCCUCGACGCCGACACUUGGCGGGUCGUUAGAACCCGAAUCGGGAGAGGGCGCGGCGACGCCGACACGCGUGCUCGUCGCCCCCGCCCGCGGAGAAACGCGCGAUCAGAUCCUCGAGACGCUUAGCCAGCUCGCGCGCAAACCGGGCUUCAUGGUCGAUCUGUAUACGAACUAUGACUGCGAUGUGAACUGCGAGAAUAUGUUCGAGCGGCUGAUCGAGUUUUUGACCAAGAGUGUUUAUUCGUCGCAGUAUGCGGGAGGUGCAAUAGAUGUGCGGCAGAGGAAUGCGCAGUAUCUGUGCUUGGAUCUGCUACUUGCGUUCGUCAACGACAUGGCAGUCCGUGCCGAUGGUCAGUCAGCAACCUGGCCGAAAGAAUACCCCGAACCAUCCGCCCUUAUGGAGACGAAGUCGCGCAAGCAGCUCGUCCUCACCGGUGCUGCGCGCUUCAACGCCAAGCCGAAGACGGGGCUCGCGUUCCUCGAGGAGCACGGUCUCAUCUACGCGGAUCUGGGGCCGGAGACGACGAAGGCGCAGAGCCUAGCGCGGUUCCUGAAGGGGUGUGGACGGAUCGAUAAGAGGUUGCUGGGGGAUUUCAUCUCGAAGCCGGACAAUGUCGAUGUGCUGCAUGCGUUCAUCAGUCUGUUCGAUUUCAAGGGGAAACAUAUUGCAGAUGCUAUGCGGGAGAUGCUCGAGUCAUUCCGGUUGCCUGGAGAAGCACAGCAGAUUGCGAGGAUCACGGAGACGUUUGCGUCUAUAUAUUUCGCUGCGAAGCCAGAGGGCAUUCAGAGCGAGGAUGCCGUCUACGUCUUGGCUUACUCUGUCAUCAUGUUGAAUACCGAUCUGCAUAAUCCGCAGGUCCUCAAAAGGAUGUCGAUAGAGGAUUAUACUAGGAACCUUAGGGGGGUGAAUAACGGUGCGAACUUCGCGCCGGAAUAUCUACAAAACAUCUACGAUUCUAUCCGCAAACGGGAGAUCGUCAUGCCAGAAGAACAUACAGGCCAACUUGGCUUCGAAUAUGCGUGGAAGGAGCUCCUUGCGCGCUCACGGCAAUCCGGCGAACUGCUAAUGUGCAAUAGCGCGUUGUUCGAUGUCAACAUGUUCAAGUCGGUGUGGAAGCCCGUGAUCUCCGCGAUCGCAUACGCCUUCAUCAGCUUCGACGAUGACUACAUCAUCCAGCGUGCGAUCGCGGGCUUCCGGCAGUGCGCGACGCUCGCCGGGCGCUUCAACUUACCCGACGUGUUUGAUUUCGUGGUGGUGUCGCUGUCGCAGGCAACGAGUCUGUUGUCGGAGUCGCUGCCAGCGCAGGUGCCGAAUUACCCCGUUGUGGAGGUCGAAGGACAGGCGAUAACGGUGUCCUCAUUGUCGGUGAAGUUUGGAACGAACUUCAAAGGGCAGCUGGCGGUGGUUGUGUUGUUCAACAUCGUCAAUGGGAAUGGGAAUGCGCUUCGCGAAGGAUGGACGCAGAUAUUCGAGAUGUUCCAAAACCUGUUCUUGCACUCGCUGUUACCGACGCGGAUGCUCCAGAUGGAAGACUUCCUCGGUGGCGUUUCUAUGAUUCCUUUGCGUGGCAGUCAGCCUGCGCGACAGCAACAGCGUAACGACGGCGGUCUGCUGUCCGCGCUGUCUUCGUACCUCAUGACGCCGUAUGGCCCCUCAGACCACCAGGUCCCGGAUGCCACGGACUCAGACAUCGAGAACACGCUCUGCACGAUUGAUUGCAUUACGUCGUGUCGGCUGGAUGAGCUUUACAGUCAGAUCAUGCAACUGGACCUCGAGGCCCUCGUUGCGGCCGUUCGGUCACUGGAGGCGCUCGCCCACGAAAGGACCGUCGCCCGGUUUAAACAGGAAUCCGACGAUGGUGCUAUAGCGGUUGACGGCGAUGCCUACGCACUACCGUACGAUCCCGCUUCGGUGUUCUUGCUCGAGACCAUGGUCAGUAUUUUGUGCCAGACUCCAGAUCGGAUAGAUGAGCUCUGGCCAAUCGUCUUUGAACAUUUGUCUGCGCUGUUGUCCUCCGCGAACCACUAUAGUGUUCUACUCAUCGAGCGAGCCGUAGUGGCGCUUUUGCGAUUAUGCCUCAUCCUCGCAACGAAGCCUGCGCUCCGAGACCAGGUAUAUGUGUCGUUUGAUCUCCUUUCGGGUCUGCACGCACAUGCUGCGAACUCUGUAGCGGAACAGGUUGUCUCGGGUGUCGUCCUCGUAAUCCAAAAGCAUCCGGAUAUCGUUAGAUCACAGACGGAAUGGAACCUCAUCUUUGCUCUGCUCCGCUCCACGAUGUCGAACCCCGAAGCAUCUCGGCUCUCCUUCGAGUUUAUAAGCUCACUAGCGAGCGACGGGCCGCACCAAGUGGUCACUCCGGAUAAUUUUGCGGGGCUUGUUAUGAUAUUAGAUGAUUUCGCUACGGCUGCGGGAAAGGCCAUCGAGAACCAGCAAACAAGAGGGCGUCAAAAACAGCAGUUGACUUCGGCGCAGUCGCCUGUAAUCGAUCGCGGAUGCAAGGCGGUGGAUUCGAUGUUUGAUUUGAAGAAGUUCAUGACUGUGUUCAUCAAGACGGAUAUCCCUCAGGCCCAAGUAUGGCGGCAACAUUGUUUGCCGUUGUUGAGCUCCCUCAGUAGGCAGUCCGCCAACGCUGCGCGGGAGGUUCGGUACAGCGCCCUCAGCCAACUACAACGGCUGCUCCUGGGACCACAUUUGGUGUUGGAGAAGGCCGAUGCCGCGCAAGUCGAGGAAAUAUUCAACCGUGUGUUGUUCCCUCUCCUCGAUGAUUUGGUGAAGCCGCAGGUGAAUCAGCGCGACCCGCAGGGGAUGCCCGAGAGCCGCCUGAGGGCGUCUGCGUUCCUCUGCAAGGCCUUCAUGCACUUCGAGGUACGGGAGAGCCAGGCGAAUACAGAUAUACGGAUUGUGUGGAUACAGGUUCUGGAUUUGUUGGACCGGUUGAUGAAUGUGGAUAAAGGGGACCAUUUGAACGAGGCUGUGCCUGAAUCGCUGAAAAAUGUGCUCCUGGUGAUGAACGCUGCGAGCCUUCUGAUUCCGCCACCCCCGGGGGAGGAUUAUCGUACGGAGCGCCAGCGGACGGUAUGGACUUCGACGCACGAGCGCAUGGAGCGGUUCCUGCCAGGCUUUCUUGCAGAAAUCAUUCCUUCUUCUCGAGAGGCUGCUUCUGCGUAG